ACCACUAUCACAACAAAUAAACAGGAAACAAACACAAUCAGGAUCAUUUGUUCAUGAUGUACGCAGCCAUCGCCUGUCCACACAUAGAGAAGAAUUGAUAAAAGAAAAGGAAAUAAUGCAGUCUCUAAAAAUCAUUAUGGAUCAACUACGUCGAAUGGAAGAACGACAAAUUUCUAUAGAAAAUAAAACCGAUGAAAAUGCAAAAACUAUAAAAAGAUUAUUAAAAGAAUCUACAAUGAAGAGACCAACAAAGCCACAGGAGGUCUCAUUUAAAACUGUGGAUGAUUUCUUGGCCUUCGAAGAAGUUGAUGAAGAAAUUUAUAAUGAUUUGGUGGGAUACUUCAUUUAUCUUGGACGAGCCAAUCCAAUAGAUUGCGCCGCGGAAUAUUUUCGCAGCGUAUUUCCAGAAGACGAGGAGGUUUCAUCAUACCUCACUCUAAAUGGAAAAAGUGGACAACGAGGGGGCUGUAAAUUGCGGGACAGUCGCUUCGCUCAGGCAUGUCAAGAUGCUAUGAACUCAAACAAAUAUUUUAUUAAUCCCAACAACGUCGAAUUUUAUGACGCCCUGGAAAAGGCUUUAAAAAGUCUUAAAACCAGAAAAUGGCGUUACAAUAAGAAACGACGCCAAGAAAAUGAGGAGGACGUCCCACCAAAUCGACGCCGCCGAAUAGACAACGAAGAUGAGAAAACUACAGAAUUUGAAGAUAUCGUGGAGACUGAGCAGGAGAUCGAUGAUGACGAAAACUUAGAGAACGAUUCACUUGGUGGCAACGAUGAACUAACAGAGACUCAACACACGGAGGAAACUGAGGAGAUUGAAGAUACGGAGGACGCUCUCUGGGAUGAGGAUAACAUCGCUGAAGAAAUCCAUGAAGAUGCUGAAAUGGAAAAUUACGUGGACGACGAUAAGAUCCAAGAGGACACAGAACGCGUAGACGAUAUGGAAGUACUGAAGUACUUAACAGAAAGUAAUGUAUGGUCAACAUAAUAUUUUUUUAAGUACUUUGGAGAAGCAGUAUCAAAUUUGGGACGUGCUUCACAGGGAUCGGCGGGGAGGGGCCGUUCUCACCUCUAAUUUAUUUGUUUUCUGUUUCAGGUAAAGCCUUGUGUCCACGAUCCGAGAAUUCGGUCCGAGAAGUUUGUAGCCAAUAAAAUAGCCGCUUUUCUGUAAAAGCUGCAAAUUGAUUGGUUACAAACUUCUCGGUCCGAGAACUCGGACCAAAUUCUCGGAUCGUGGACACAAGGCUUAAGAUAUGGAGGGGCAAAUUUUUUGGUUGUGCCUCACAGGAAAAGGCGGGGAUGGGGCCUUUUCCCCAAAAACAAAAUAAUAAUAGGAAAAAUUAAUAAACCUGAAAAAUAGGCCAG